AUGUCCCUCAAUCAAGUCUAUCUUUCGUAUCUAGCAACACAUCCCCUAGCUACCAAAUCUGCCACAGCAGCCAUUCUAGCGACUCUCAAUGAGGGAAUCGCCACCUCCGUUUCUGGAUUUGGCAAAGGCUCGGCCGUGACCAAGAAAAUGGCGCAAAUGCUGCUCUACGCUGCGUUCUUUGCCACUCCGCUUUCACAUCUAUACUACAACCAGCUUACUCGCAUUUUCAAGGGGAAGUUGACGUGGAAGUUGAAAAUGUUACAGAUUUUGGCGUCCCUUCUCACGUUAUCGCCAGUGCUCAGUGCGGCGUUUGUGUCUUGGAUAUCAGCUAUCAACAUGCAGAAGAAGGAGACGCUUUCCAAUUACCGUAGUGCAAUAAUUAAUGGGUUGAAGAACAACUUUUGGUUGGUGUAUCGCUCUUCGGCAAUUACCUCGACCUUAUCGAUGGCAGUAGCGCAAGCCUUGGUUCCCACAGAGCUCUGGGUGGUGUUCUUCAACGCAGUGUAUUUCGUAUUAGGAACGUAUCAAAAUACGAAAAUGAAGCUCAAGGCAAGGGAGGUGAGAGACUCGAAAGAAGCUUAG